UGAAGCUUACGAUUGCAUUUAUUUUUGGCAUAUUCAUGUUAACAGAAUGCAAUGGGCAGGUUAUCGUCAACACUAAAGCUGGAAACUAUAUGGGUAAAACAAUUAAAGUUUUAGGCAGGGAUAUUAAUGCAUUUCUGGGUAUUCCCUAUGCUUCACCUCCGUUUCGUACAUGGAGAUUUCACCCUCCUUUUCCUAUCAUAUGGAAAAGCGUUUAUAAGGCCAUAGAAAAACCACCCUCCUGCGUGCAACAUCCAUCUACACAGGACUUCCAAUGGGUUCCGGAUUUAGAAAAUAUGGACGAAGAUUGCCUUUAUCUGAAUAUUUGGGUUCCUGCCGAGAACAAAGAACAAUCUCCGUUAUCGACAAUGGUGUGGAUUCACGGAGGAGGAUACAGCACGGGAUCGUCGAAUCUGGAUGUCUACGACGGAGGGGUGAUGGCGUCGUUAGGUAACGUCACAGUGGUAUCUUUUAACUAUCGGCUCGGUGCGUUUGGAUUUCUUUAUUUUUAUCCACAUUUGACUCAUAAAAACGUUGCUUUGAACGAUCAAUUUUACGCUCUUAAAUGGAUCUACGAAAACAUAGAAGCAUUCGGAGGUAACAGUAACGAAAUCACACUAUUUGGCCAAGAUGCGGGAGCGUGGUCCAUAGGCUAUCAUCUAAUUUCGUCUUUACCUCAAAGAUUUUUCAAAAGGGUCAUAAUGCAAAGCGGAAGCAUUUAUCAUCCUAGUUUAACUGUAGAUUCACAAAUGAGUUUAUCACUAAGUUUACUUCUAGCAAAUGAUCUUAAAUGUAAUAAGUCUGAAAACUAUAACAAUACAUUUGAUUAUUACAAAGACGUGAUGAAAUGCAUGGAAGAAAAAGAACCGUUAGAUAUAAGUUUUACCGAAAGGGAAUAUCGAAAAGCGUUGUACAGGCAUAUCUUGUUUGUUCCUCAGGUUGGAGAUACGUUUCUUCUACCCACGAAGCCCAUUGAUAGUUUCGACUUCAUCAAGUUUAACGAUGUUGAUGUCAUGUUAGGCAACGUAGCAGACGAAGGAUCGCUAUUUCUUGCGCUUUAUAACGAAAAACUUUUACUUUCCAAUAACCCGAUAAUUACAAAGCAUAAUGUCACAGAAUUCUUGGAACCUGUUAUGGAAUAUAAUCGAACUUCACUCGAACCCAUCAUAAAACAGUAUUUCGAAAAUGUUCCCGACGACGACUUUCCAACGAUUAUUAAACGAACUCAUCAGGCGAUAGGCGAUUGGAUGUUCAAGUGUCCUACAAAUUUCCUGGCAGAGAAGCUUGCAGAAAAGAAAUUCAACGUGUUUCAUUACACUUUUAAGCACAGAAGCGGCACAAAUAUAUACCCAAAAUGGACCGGGGUACCUCAUUUCGAAGAAGUUCAAUUCGUAUUCGGUGUUCCUCUAUUGAAAACAAACGAAUACACCGUCGAAGAACAAGAAUUCAGUAGAAAUCUCAUCGAACUUUGGACUUCGUUCGCUAAAACUGGGACUCCACAUGUUGAUAACUUGGAAAGAUGGCUUCCGUACACUAAUCGAAAGCCGAUUUCUAUGAACUUGCAACCGAAAAACAUAAAACUCACAAAGUCAAUUCCGAACGAACACUGUGAAUUUUGGAAAACUUUUUUUCACGUAUAAUUAUAGUAAUUGAGGGGUUAAGUGGAAAAAUGGCAUAUACUACACCAGAAAACUUUUUAGAUAAAGGACGAUUUGUAUUUUAAUUCGCCACAUUUUAAUAUGCAUCGCUUUGUCAAUACGGAUGUAGAACAUGGAGGACAUGCAACUGAACCAUAAAAGUUAUUUAGAAAAUGGAUUAAUUAAUGAUGCAUAAAUCCAUAUUUGUUAGUAACUCAUAUUUUUGUAGUUUUGUGUGAUUUGCCGUUUUCCACUCAGCCCCUUAAUUGCAAUUGCAAAAUUUACAUUUCUUGUACGUCUUUAGCAACUUCGGAGACUGGUAAAUGUAGUUUGUGUAUUUUAAAAUAAAAUCGAAUUAAUCAGACCAUUUGUAUGCGUUUCUUUUAAGAUUAUGUGAAGUACGAUAUCAUUUAAUUUCUGCCUACUUUGUAAUGGUUUAUUUCCUAAAAUGUCAAGUAGUUAAGGUGGCAGCAUAUCACUACGGGGAAUUUAGGGAUGAUUUCUUCGGUCCUACAGGGUUUUGUCUAACAAUCUCCCGAACGGUUUCUCAUAGAAAGUCCUCUUUGAUAGAUCGCCCAUCUCUUUGUCUUACUCCACAUUUCUCUAUUGAA